AUGCGAAGGAAAAACCACACACACCAGCAAGAUAUUGAUGACCUCAAGCGGCAGAAUGCUCUCCUGGAGCAGCAAGUCCGUGCACUGGAGAAGGCGAGGUCGAGUGCCCAACUGCAGACCAACUACCCCUCCUCAGACAGCAGCCUCUACACCAACGCCAAGGGCAGCACCAUCUCUGCCUUCGAUGGGGGCUCGGACUCCAGCUUGGAGUCGGAGUCCGAAGAGCCCCAAAGCAGGAAGAAGCUCCGGAUGGAGGCCAGCUAA